AUGUCAUUGAACUUUCUUCCAGGACGUCCCAAUGCUACUCUCCAGACGGCUUGUCAAGCAACAUGGCAGAAUCAUACCAUAUUUGCAUACUGCUCAGGGAAUAAUUUGAUUAUACUCUCCAAUAAAUUCACUAGGUUACAGACUAUAUAUACACCAAAAGAUUGUACUGCUGUGGAUAUUAACAGUCAGAAUGGAUUCAUCGCACUUUCCUUCCACAAUAGGGUGCUUAUCUACAAGCCUAUCCAUCAAAUCAUGCAGAAUCCCAAGUGGACUCAAUGUUGCCAAUUGUUUCAUGAUGACACGCCAGUGAAUUGCUUGAGAUGGUCUUCCGAUAAUGAGCUAGCCAUUGGGUCCGAUUUUCUCUCUUUUUGGAGGAUUAAGGACAAUUUUGGUGUGUACCAACCUAUCUUGCAGUGGAACCAAAAACAGCCUAAACCCGUUUAUAAUGUGAUCAUAUCACAGGAUUCUCAGCUGAUAGUCAGUGUCGGGAAAUACGACUGUAAUGCCAAAUUAUGGAAGCGUGUUUCAAUGGUCGGAGAGCAAGCCAUCUUCAAUCUUACCAUGUUGCCUCACCCGAAACCUAUAACUGCAAUGCGGUGGAAGAAAGAGCCAGACCAGGUAAAUAAAAACAAUGCAGCCUCUCAUGCGCUUUAUACGCUAUGUGAAGACAAAGUGCUGAGAAUAUGGUCGUGUUUUGAAAUGGAAAAAAAUCAUACUGUGCAAAUAUGGGGUGAAGUCCCUCUUUCCCCCACGCAGAAGUUUUGCGUGAUAAUAGACAAUUGGGUCAUCAGACAUACUCUCAGUAAGGAAGAAUUGGGAAACUUCAAUGUGUCUGACUCGGAUAUUGUUAUUCUAGGUUCAAUGACUGGGGAAUUGGAGAUUUUGGCUUUGAAUAAUCUUUCCCAAGAUCCUCCAAAACCAAUGACCAAAAAAACAAUCUCCUAUAAGAAAGUCAAGAAAGCAACGAUGCUAAACGACACAAAAUAUUUGUAUUUCCCAGAGAUACAGCCUUAUGACGAUAUGAAAGGCAAACUCUCUUUUCUUGUCCAUGAUUUACAAGGUGUAAUAAGACAUUUAGUAAUCGACAUUUUGCAGCUUAUAAGCAAUGAAAGCGAAGAUUUGAGUACCACCUUAGAGCACAAAUUUACAGGACACAAUAAAUCCGUGCAGAAGUUGGUAAGAAGCAGCGACGGUGAAGCUUUAUUGACUACUUCGAGAUUCUCGGAAAAUGGCGUUUGGUACCCACAAAAGUUAAGCCAUGGGGUGUCGCUGCGGUUGCAAAAUAUAAUCCAAACAGAGUCUCCUAUAAGGUUUGCGGUUGUACAUGAGUUGGGUAAACUGGUCAUCUGUCUUCUUGAAAAUGGGGCUUUUCAGGCCUGGGAAUGUCCAACGAAUCGUAAGGAGGACAGUGAACAGAAGCAAUCGUAUUUACGUGUGGAAACCAGAUUGGAAGAGGACAAAAAAAUCCAUCCAAUAGUCAUGUUAAAUACACCUGAGCCAAAGCAUAGUCAUGAACGUCAUUUCACCGCUUUAAUUUUCUCUGAUGGCUCAAUUAAAGCCUUUGAAGUUUCUUUGACACGCGGUAUUUUUGAAGUCAAGUCCGAUUCGUUAGAUAUCAAUGGCGAUGAUAUAUACAGGAUAUCUAUCAUUGACCCUGUACACCAAACUUUUGUAAGUAACAGGCCCUUGAUUUCCCUGAUUACUAAAAAAGGUCUCACCAGAACAUAUAAGGCCAUCGUUAACUAUAAUGAUAGGCAUGUUCAAUGGGUUAAAGCUUGUGAAAUUAACACCGGAAUAGUGAAUUCUACAUGCAUCAGAGGAUCAUCUACAGGUAAGUUAUGUAUCGUUGAUUCUACUGGUAAAGUAAUGUCACUCUGGGACUUGAACAGGGGAGUCCUUGAAUACGAAGAAACAUUUCAUGAUACUAUUGAAGAUAUAGAUUGGACAAGUACGGCAUAUGGUCAAAGUAUUGUUUCUAUUGGAUUUACAGGAUAUGCUUUACUUUAUACUCAACUAAGGUAUGAUUACACGAAUAACACACCUAGCUACCUACCAAUUGAAAAAAUUGAUAUCACAGCGCACACGGCUCACAAUAUUGGUGACUCUGUAUGGAUGAAAAAUGGUACGUUUGUUGUUGCUUCCGGAAAUCAAUUUUACAUCAAGGACAAAUCUUUGGAUUUGACGGAUCCAUUUACGUAUCAAUCUAUUGGUUCAAGGAAAAUUUUAUCAAAUGAUAUUCUCCAUUUGAGUAGUGUCUUAAAUGGUCCGCUGCCAGUUUAUCACCCACAAUUUUUGAUUCAAGCCAUUUAUGCGAAUAAGUUGCAACUUGUCAAGGAGCUAUUAUUAAGACUAUUUCUAGCAUUAAGAAAAUUGGACUUCGAAUCGCAAGAUAUAUCUAAUUUGGAUUCCAAUCUAGGAAUGGAUCCAUUGAAGUACUUUAUUGCUAAAGAUAGAGAUUAUCCGGUCGAAACUUUCCCUGAUCCAUACCCCUGCUUUAAUAAGACGGUGUCUCUGGCACUUACUGAGCAAUUAACGAAGACAACUUUACCUUAUUUGACUCGUCACCAGCAGAUUACGCUGAUCACAGUUAUUGAAGCAGUGGAUGAAGUCAUUAAAAAUGAGAACGUGGUAGAUUACAACGGUGUUAGGUUCUUGUUGGGAGUGAAGUUAUUUUUAUCACAUAAAAACGUUCAAAAAAGCAUAUUAAUGAGAGAUGUGUCCUGGGCAUUGCAUUCAGACAAUAAGGAAAUAUUACUAUCUUCUAUUGACCGCCAUAUUACAUCAUGGAGUCGGGCUCGAGAAUACAGAAUAGCCUAUUGGAUUAAGGAGCAAGACUUGGUGAAGAAAUUCGAAGAUAUUGCAAAAUAUGAAUUUUCCAAAGAUGAUAAGAGGGAUCCAAGUCGCUGUGCUAUAUUUUAUCUUGCGUUGAAAAAAAAGAAGAUACUGUUGAGCUUGUGGAAGAUGGCUAUUGGUCAUCCUGAGCAACAAAAGAUGGUUAGGUUUAUUAGUAACGAUUUCACUGUACCCAGGUGGAGAACGGCAGCACUCAAAAAUGCUUUUGUUCUGCUAAGUAAGCAUAGAUAUAUGGAUGCAGCCGUUUUUUUCCUCUUAACAGAUUCCCUCAAGGAUUGCGUCAAUGUUCUUUGCAAGCAAGUGAAUGAUAUGGACUUGGCGAUAGGUGUAUGCCGUGCUUACGAAGGUGAUAAUGGACCUGUGUUGGGAGAAUUAUUGACCUCGCAAAUGUUACCUGAAACAAUAAAGGAGAAUGAUAGAUGGAAAGCAAGUUUCAUUUACUGGAAAUUGAGAAAGCAGGAAGUUGCUAUUAAAGCUUUGCUGACCGCUCCGAUUGAUUUAGAAAAUAACUCAGGGAUUGUUGAUAAGGAAGCUUGUGUAAACAGAUCAUUCCUUGUUGAAGACCCAGCGCUGCUCUAUUUAUAUAAUCACCUAAGAAACAGGAACUUGAAGUAUUUCAUUGGGUCUCUUAAUGUUGAGGCGAAAAUUGAGUGUACUCUAAUUUUAAGAGUUACCGAUAUUCUUUGCCGAAUGGGCUGCAAUUACCUGGCGGUUUCACUUGUCAAAAAUUGGAAGUUUAUUGAAAGAAAUUCCACUCCUGUUCAAAAGCUAUUAAAGAGCCCCACGAAGGACAGAGCAUAUUCUGCUAUUGGCGCUCUGGCAUCUGAACCAAUUUCGACUGCUAGGAUGAGACCCAGUCUUUUUGAUAAGUUUGGCUUAUCAAAUGCCCCAAAUAUGGAGGCUCCUAAUCCCAAUGCAAAGUCGCCAAAUAAUUUAUUAGACGACUUUUUGCCACCACCCUCAGGUAGUCCUUCUUCAGUUUCCCUCGCUCAAAGUUCUUCUUCUGCACCCAGGAGUAUAUUAGAUGAGUUUGUGUCUUCUUCUUCAUAUUCUCAACACAAAGAGAAUCUAACUCCAAAAGUGCUAAACGGCUCUUUGGAGAAAGCAGACAGCUCAGAAAACAAGAACGAGAAAUCCUAUAAGGACAUAUCAGACGAUUAUUCAUUACAAAAGCCGCAGAAGCCAAAAAAAUCCGCUAUUACUAAGAACUUACUGGAUGACUUUAUAUGA